UUCCCCAGCUAGCACUUCCAAUUCCCCAAAUCUCGUUUUUCACCUUUCUUCUCACAAAACCCUAUCUCUCUAUCUUCAACAGCGAGCUUCCCCAAUUCUUCAGCUUUUAAUUUCAGUGGUCACAACUACAAAACUAUCCCAAGAAUGAGGUCUAACCACGCCGCCAUGUUUCUCGGUAGAAUCUUGUCGAAUUCUUCAUCUAAAUUCUCCACUUUUGAUAAUGCCACCCACCAAAUUAGAUGCUUCUCCUCCUAUCCCAGAUUCGAUUUUGAAUCUAUACGUGAGCCCAAUGAUGCUGUGGCUCUAUUUCGGGAUAUGAUGAGAACGGAGCCGCUUCCUUCUGUUAUUCUUUUCACGAAAUUGCUGAGUGCUGUGGUCAAGCUGAAACAAUACUCUGCUGCACUUCAUCUGUUCGAAAAAAUGCUUCAAAGGGAUGCUCCUGUAAAUCACUACACGUUGAAUAUUGCGAUUGAUUGCUAUUGCCGACUGAAAAGGCCUGAUUUUGGGUUUGCCAUCUUAGGCAGUUUUUUCAAGCGUGGGUUCGAGCCUACUGUGGUAACCUUCAACACUCUCGUGAAAGGCCUUCUGUUUGUUGGAAGGAUCCCAGAGGCAGCUAAAUUGUUGGGGAAGCUGUCGGUCUACCAACAGUGCGAGUCCGAUGAGUAUACAUAUAGUACUAUAAUUAAUGGGUUAUGCAAAGCUGGAGAUAUUCUACAGGCGAUUGAUUUGCUCUGCUCAUUGGAAAAAGGAAAAGGGAGCUGCAAACCCAAUGUCUAUGGUUACAGCAUAGUCAUUGAUGGUCUAUGCAAGGACGGAAAGGUGAAUGAUGCUCUCCAACUCUUCGCCACUUUGGAUGAUAAGGGGAUUUCACCUGAUGUUGUGACAUAUAAUUCCAUAAUUGAGGGGUUAUGCAGUAUGAGAAGAAUGGACGAGGCUGAAGACAUGUUAAAGAAGAUGAUAACUAAUGUGGUCUGCCCAGAUGUGGUGACAUGUAAUAUCUUUGUGGAUGCUUGGUGCAAAGAUGGAAAGGUGGAAGAGGCUGAGCAUAUGUUGGUAUCUAUGAAGGAGAUUGAUGUACAACCCAACAUUGUCACUUAUACUGCAUUGAUGAAUGGAUACUGUAUGCAAGGGAAAAUGGACGAAGCCGGACGCAUUUUGCAAUUGACAGUUAAUUCUGGAAUCAAGCCCAAUAUCAUAAGCUACAAUACCUUGAUGAACGGGUAUUGCAAAAAGGGGCGAGUCGAUGAAGUUUCACGUCUUUUUACCAUAAUUCUCACUCAAAGAUUAAAGCGCGAUGUGGUUUCUUAUACCAUAAUGCUAGAGGCCUUAUUUCGUGAAGGCAAAUGUGAAGAUGGCUUGAAGCUGUUCAAUGAGAUGGAAGCUCUACAAGUGUCUCCGAAUAUAUGGACUUAUAAUACCUUGUUGGAUGGUUUGUGCGGAGCUCAUCGUAUUGCUGAAGCUUUUCCGGUGUUGCAUACCAUGAAAGAUAAAGGCAUCAUUCCAGAUAUAGUAACAUACAAUAUUCUCAUUGAGGGAUUGUGCAACGACAACAAAGUCAGAGAAGCAAAAUGUAUGUUCCACGAUCUUCCAUCCAAAGGUUUGCAGCCUGAUGUCGUAACAUAUAGUAUCCUCAUUGGUGCACUUUGCAAAGAAGGGCAGAUAGAGGAGGCUAAAGAUCUGUUCCAUGAGCUCCUAUCCAAGGGUUUGCAGCCUGACGUCAUAACUUAUACAAUCCUUAUCGGUGCACUUUGUGAGGAAGCGCGGAUAGAGGAGGCUAGGGAUUUGAUGACGCAAAUGGUAAGCAACGGUUGCUUGCCAAAUAGUGUAACAUACAAUGCUUUUGUUCGAGGUCUUCUCAAAAUGAACAAGAUGCUUGAUGCAAUGCCACUGUUGGAAGAGAUGGAUUCAAGGGGAUUCACACUUGACAAAACUGCAUAUUCGAUGUUUAUUGAAACUGUGAAAUGGGAAGUUGUAGGCACUGUUGGUGGGAUUGUUUACUUUGAUUGGGAGUUGCUCAGCUAUGCACCUUGACUUGCAACUUCUGCAUUCAUUGUAUGUGCAAAUUGUAGCUACAUUUAAUUUAGUUUCACAAUGUAAGAAUUAUGCAUAUGAAUUCUUGAUUGAAAUCAAGAUCUCUGUUUUGUCUGACCAGUGAGAUUUGAACUCGAGACCCUCCAAUACCUCCUGUGGUAUCUGGGGUUCUUUGUCAUCAUUGAAAACUGAGUAUCGAAAAUAAUAAGCAAUUAGUUUCUUGGGGAGAAAAAAAGAAACAUAGAAAAAGCAUCACCUUGAAGAAGAACUGCUGCACGAAACAGUAGGAAUAGGAACGAGUGAUGGCAGGGAUGUUAAUGGGAGAGAGAGAGAGAUGUUACUGCUAAGCUAUUAAUUGUUUUUCACUUGUCAAUAGUUUUUAACUGCGUCCUGUUUGGGAAGCAUGAAACAGAUUCUAAAGGAUAAGGGCAAUGUUCUUGUUGGAACUUUCCUUCAAGAACUGGCAACUGCCACACAUCUCGUGUUCAAGAACUUGAAAAGCAGAGAUGGAUGCAA